CAGCUGUUACUAUUGCUGAGUAGUUAUAGUUGGUUUGCGUUUUACUGCCAAUUGAGCUGCGAGAUUCAACCUCAGCACUACGGUCACAUCUACAUCCUACACACGCCCCGCCUUAAACCUAUUGAACCAAUACAUUACAACUGCCAAAAUGCCCGCACACCUGGGCCACGAGGAGUUCUUCACCUCCCUCACCACCCUCCUAAACACCACAUCUCAGAAAACUCGCGGAUCCGUGUACCUCACGCAGAAGCCUCUCCUCAACACAACCACCGAGUCUGCGUCGCAACCAUCCAUCCUCAUCCGCGCGACAGACGGCAACACCAACGCCCCGAACCCCAAGACGGCCGAGGCCAAGAAGAAGGUAUCGAAGGCGGGAUCGGCAGCAUCGAAGGUGAAGAUCUCGACGGUCGUGAGCCCGGACGAUCUGGAGGCGUUCUAUGCGAGGUAUGCGGAGGUGUGUAAGGCUGGUAUGACGGGGUUGAAGAAGAGGGAUCGGAAGAAGGGGAAGGCGAAGGGAAAGAAGGAGGGGGGAAAGGUUGUUAAGGGGUGAUUUUGUUAGUGGUUUGCUGGGGAGGAUGGGGGAGAAGGGUGGUGUGAUGGAUAGAUGCAUUAUGGGCGUUUGUGGGAUUGUUCUACUUCAGUUUUAUUUGAUACAAGGGAUUAUGCUUCGAUGUAUAUGUUGUAGAUAUGUUGAAUGGGAUUGGUUUUCAGCUGAUGGUAUAGUAUCAAUAGAUUAACUACUUCGCUAGAAUACAGGGGAUCAAAUUAUGGUGCUUG